AGGGCUGCCAUGACGAUGUGUCUGGUAGCAUCCUUUCCGCGCAGCAUGGUGACGAAUUUUAAAGAGUGCGGCAGUGUUUUGGCUACUCAAACUCAGUGUUGAUGAUGGUGGAGCCACAGCACCAACGGUUCCUGCCGCUGGUCAUUGUGGUACUGACUGUGUUGACUGCCCGGGGUUCCUGCCGGGCCAAUGGCACCAGCAGUGGCACCAUGGCAUUGCACCGCUACAAGCCGCGUUUCAGUGUUCAACAGCUCCUCACUUCCGACUUCCCGCACCGCAUCUCCAGAGACCUUUUCUCUGACCCAUGCAAAGGAUACAGGAGUGGGACACACGAGGUUGCAGUGACUGUGUGGCAGCAGUUGCUGCUAAUAGUAGCCCCUUUAGUGUCUCGGGGUUAUUUGAUGGAUGCCGGGCCGUCGAGUGAUGGGAUCUCUCGUCGGUCGCGAGGCCGGGGUGUGAUGAAACAAACGGGACACGCCGUUGUCGACUGGGCAUCCCGGUCACCUCGGUUGACGAGAUCCUUGCUUGCGGUCCUCGUCAACCGUGUCAUUAAGAGCCCGGACUGA